AUGGCAGCUGUGACACCGACCCCGAGCCCUCGGUGCCCGCGCCGCGACGGAGGAAGGGCGCGUGCGGCGGCGUGUCCCGUGCCCGUGGCCCGGCUGUGCCAGCGUGCUGCGCCCGGCCUCGGCCUGCGGCGCCCCCUGCGCGCCCGGCACCUGCGGGCCGGCUCCGAGCGGCAGGGCGGUUUCUAUGUCACGGAGCUGCGCCUGCCCCGGCAGGAGCCGCCGCCCCCGGAGCUGCCACCGCCCGCUGGCCCCGCGGCUGUCCCCGGGGCUGUCCCUGCUGUCCCUGCUGUCCCCGCGGCUGUCACCGGGGCUGUCCCUGCUGUCCCCACGGCUGUCACCACGGCUGUCCCUGCUGUCCCCAUGGCUGUCACCACGGCUAUCCCCACGGAUGUCCCCAUGGCUGUCCCUGCUGUCCCCACGGCUGUCACCACGGCUGUCCUCACGGAUGUCCCCAUGGCUGUCACCACGGCUAUCCCCACGGAUGUCCCCAUGGCUGUCCCUGCUGUCCCCACGGCUGUCCUCACGGAUGUCCCCAUGGCUGUCACCACGGCUGUCCCCACGGAUGUCCCCAUGGCUGUCCCUGCUGUCCCCACGGCUGUCCCCACGGCUGUCACCACGACUGUUCCCAGCGCUGUCCCCGGGGCUGUCCCUGCUGCCCCCGGUGUCACCACUGUCCCCGGAGCUGUCCCUGCUGUCCCCGGUGUCACCACUGUCCCCGGUGCCAGCAGGGCCGUGUCCUGCCCUGUCCCCGGUGUCACCCAGCCCAGCCCCAGGGCCGUGUCCUGCCCUGUCCCCGGUGCCAGCGGGGCCGUGUCCUGCCCUGUCCCCGGUGUCACCCAGCCCGGCCCCGGCGCCGUGUCCUGGCCUGUCCCCGCUGUCACCCAGCCCAGCCCCAGGGCCGUGUCCUGCCCUGUCCCCGGUGCCAGCAGGGCCGUGUCCUGCCCUGUCCCCGGUGUCACCCAGCCCAGCCCCAGGGCCGUGUCCUGCCCUGUCCCCGGUGCCAGCAGGGCCGUGUCCUGCCCUGUCCCCGGUGUCACCCAGCCCGGCCUGAGCCACUCGGCCCCGCCCGGCUCCUUGUGGCACAUCCAGGCCGACCACGCCUACCAGGCUCUGCCCUCCAUCCAGAUCCCGGUGUCCCCUCACAUCUUCACCAGCAUCAGCUGGGCCGCUGCCACCUCGCCCCUGCCACCGGCUCGGAGCCGCUCCCUCAGCCUCAGCGACCCUCAGCCCCCUCAGCCGCCACCAUUGCUGCAGCCCCAGCUCCUCGUGGCCUCCCCGCCCCGCGCCUCCCUCGCCACCAGAAAAAUCCGCGGCGAGGCCAAGAAAUGCCGCAAGGUUUACGGCAUCGAGCACCGGGAGCAGUGGUGCACGGCGUGCCGCUGGAAAAAGGCCUGCCAGCGCUUCCUGGACUGAAUUCCCACCUGGAAUUCCCUCAGGAAUUUGGAA